GAAGCGCAUUGGCUGGCCUUUAAUGAWUGCGACCAGUCGACGCUGACACGAAAAUGAGUGCUCUGUUACAUGUCUUUCAUUGAUCCCAAGUAGAGUCCAUCAUUCUAAUUUACACCAUUUUUUUCCUUAUCGAACGAAGACGUGAGAACAAGUGUCUUCUUUCAAACAUGGUAGAAUACAUUAGAAUAUUAUUGAAUAUCGUAGAAUAUAAAUAGAAUAGAGCAUAUUCAAUUAGUCACUUGAAAUUACUUUUACUUAUUUUGGAUUCCACUAUUUAUAAUGUGACAGACACUUUUUAUAUUGACCUUGGUCUGAGUUUUACUGCUAUAAAUAAGUUACAUCAGGAUACAUUUGAAAGUAUUUCAGUGCUUACCUAACAUGUUAUAUUUAUGAGAUAGAUACAUUAGCACCUUUCCCGACAGGUGGCAGUUUCUAUGGUAACAGACACACAGGCAAGAUGGCGUUCCUUCACUGGAGUUGCCAGGACGUGGCAAAAUGGAUAAGAUCCUUAGGAUAUCCACAUUAUACAGCCUGUUUCACUGAGAACCUCAUCACAGGUAAAAAGCUGAUUUAUGUAAAUUGCUGCUAUCUGCCAAGAUUAGGAAUCACAGACUUUGAGGAUAUGAAGGCCAUCUCUGCACAUGUGCGUGAGCUGCUGGGGACAUCAGAGCCGCUGUGGAGCCGCAGCAUCGCAGACCCCCCCAGAGACAGCAUGGGCCUGUUCCUGGAGAAGAAGAGCAGAACAGGGGACUGGGCCGAUUCCUUCACCUACACACAYUUCCUCGACAGGAAAUAGUGAAUGGAAUCUGUCCGUCUGAUAAAAGAAACAUGAAUGAAUGAGCUGUCUGUCAGUGUGUUGUUUGUAAGAUGACGUUAGUUGUGAAUGAUGAGACAAUAAUGUUCCAUUCAAUUACAGAUGUUGAGACACUAUUUCAAGACAGCGUUUUGUAAGGCACUUUGUGAUUAAAUUGGUGUUCUGGGGUGUGCA